CUCCAAUCUCCUCCAUUCAGAGCUCAAACAAAUCUCAAUUACUACUGUGUCCCAUCUCUCGAAUUCUUUGAUCUUUCUGUAAUUUUGCAAUGGCUCUUAAAGCUGUUCUCGUCUCCGACGUACCCAAUCUCGAUCAGGUGCCGGAGCAUGCUGCUACGGCGAUCUAUUCCUCUCGCUUCCCUAAAGGAAACGAUGGAGCCGGCCGAAGUUCAUUGAAAUGGCCAAAGUUUCAAGUGAUCGGGCACAGAGGAAGUGGUAUGAACAUGUUGCAUUCUCCUGAUCGUAGAAUGAAAGCCAUCAAAGAGAACUCUAUUCUAUCCUUCAAUACUGCCGGCAAGUUCGGCGUCGAUUUCGUUGAAUUCGACGUUCAGGUGACCAAAGAUGACUGUCCAGUCAUUUUCCACGACGAUUUCAUCCUCACAGAAGAAAAUGGUGAGAUAUUUGAGAGAAGACUCACAGAUCUUACUUCAGCUGAAUUCCUUUGCUAUGGACCCAAAAGAGAGCCUGGAAAUGUUGGGAAAACUCUGUUAAGAAAAACUAAAGAUGGCAGGAUUUUCAACUGGAAAGUUGAAGAAGAUGAUGCGUUCUGUACAUUACAAGAAGCAUUUCAGAAGGUCACUCCAUCUUUGGGUUUCAACAUCGAACUGAAGUUCGAUGACCACAUUGUUUAUCGAGAUGAAGAGCUCAUUCAUGCUCUUCAGGCAGUCUUAAGGGUGGUAUUUGAGUAUGCCAAUGAGAGGCCAAUUAUCUUCUCAACCUUCCAACCGGAUGCAGCAAGGUUAAUCAAAAUGUUGCAGAGCAUCUAUCCUGUGUUCUUCCUGACAAAUGGAGGGACUGAAAGUUACACUGAUGUGAGAAGGAAUUCCUUGGAGGAAGCUGUAAAGCUCUGCUUGGCAUGUGGUUUGCAAGGGAUUGUUUCAGAAGUUAAAGGCAUCUUCAGAAAUCCAGCAGCCGUCAACACUAUGAGAGAAGCUAAUCUUUCACUCCUAACCUAUGGCCAAUUGAAUAAUGUUCCUGAAGCGGUUUACAUGCAAUAUUUAAUGGGUGUGGAUGGAGUGAUAGUGGAUCUUGUUCAAGAGAUUACAGCAGCAGUGUCUGAUUACAUCAAUCCAGUGAAGGAGGAAGAUAGUGUCUCUGUAGGAGAUGGGCAGAUCCAAACACAAACAAGGCCCAAAUUCUCACAGCGUGAACUCUCUUUUCUACUAAAAUUAAUACCCGAGUUGAUACAGGUUUAAGGC